AUGACGACGACGAGGAAAAAGAAGAAAGGUUUUUUUACGCUCGCAACGGCGGCUGGGUGGACGUGCUUUCUUCUUCUUCUUCUUUUCGUGUCUCGGGUGUCUUUUUUUUCUUCUUUCUUUAACGAGCGUUACGUGUAUUAUCCGGUGAUAUUCUUAGCGCCUUUGACGCACGCGUGGGGGGUGUGGAGGAAGAGAGGCUAUCGGCUCUACAUGCCCUUCGCGGGGAAUUACAUUUUCGUGACGUUACAAGCGGUCGCUUGGAUAGCUUUCGCGCUUUCCGUGGCGUCUGUUUUUCUCCAUCAUUUCUUGUUGGUGGAAGAGCUUUUCGCGCUCAUCAUAGCGACGUCCUUCGUGUCGCAUUUUUGCGUGGCGUUAUCUUUUCAUCAUUGGGAAAAAGGAGAAAACGCGAGAGAUAUUGCGAGGGUGUUCAUAACUUCGAUGAGUAUGACUGUUUUACACGGACUCCCGUUGAUUGUCUUUUCUAUGCUUCUCGCUUUGGCGUUUUUCGCGAGGCCGACGGUUCUGGUCGCGCUAUUAGCGGCGUAUGCCGUUUUCACGCGCAGACUCUUUCCAAGCGAUGCAGAUAACACGAUAGAAAUAGUGCGAAAAUUUGCGAGAGAUGUUUUAAUGGUUGGCUUGGAAGAAUGGCACGGAGAGAUUUCUAUCGUGAGAGAUGUAGGGAAGGAGGAGGACGAAGAGGACGACGACGAGGAAGGCAAUGGUCGGUUAAUUUUUGGGUACAGCCCUCACGCAUUCAUUCCACAUUCUGCCGCGUGGUUACAUCUGCACCCGGCCUUCGAACGUUUGUUUCCAAACAGGCAAGUGUGCACACUCGCGGCGUCGAUAAUUUUUAAAAUACCCAUAGUUCGCGAGAUAUUUAGUUUCACCGGCGCUCGAAGCGUCUCUAGAAAAUCGUUCUCCAAGUGUUUGGGCGAGGGAAAAUCAGUUAUGUUUGUUCCCGGAGGCCAAAGCGAGUUGUGCGAGCACGCUCAAAAAGUAGAUGAAGACGAAGUUGUCAUCUGCAUGAGACACAAAGGGUUCAUUCGGAUUGCGAUGAAUGUAGCGAGCGAUUAUCAGGAGAAGAUUCGAAUUAUACCAAUUGUCGCUUUCGGAGAAAGUUCCGGAGUAAGAAAUAUAUUCAAACGAUUCAUAUCGAAAAAGUCGUAUCGAUAUUUUGGGUUUCCGUUCCCAUUUAUACCAGUUGGAAUAUAUUUCACGCCUUUUCCAACUCGACAAUCGCUGUAUUAUGCAAUCGGAAAAGGAGUUUCCAUAGAACCCAAUACGUCUCAAACGAUAGAGGCCAUUCACAAGCAAUAUUACGAACAAGUUCGAACUCUUUUCGAGAAGCAUAAAAAGUUGGCAAAAAAUAGCGCGCAUUUACGUCUCCGUCUCGUUCAAAGUUAG